CUGGUAUCUUUCCAUGGUAUUUUGCGUUUCUCGUCAACCCAAGUCACAAUCCCCUCUUCCCUCUGCUGCUUCUUCUCCUCCUCCACCAAACCCAAAACCCUAAAUUUAUCUUCCUAUCUUUCGAUUAUCUUUAUUUAUAAUACAAUCCCCAAUUUGUAUGGUUAAUUCCAGUUGUUGUUAGCCUUUUUUGCUGAACAAAAAUGGAGGAUUAUAUGGAUCAAAGCUCUGGAGGAGACACUGAUGGAAGUGAUUCUGAAGUAGAGGAAUUUGUGGAUAAAUCUUAUGAGGAGCUAAAAGGUGGAAAGCAUCGGGUCAAGUUAUCCGAUGAAACUUUCACUUGUCCAUACUGUCGUAAUAAGAAAAAGCGUGAUUAUCAGUACAAGGAGCUACUGCAGCAUGCUACAAUGGUGGGGAAAAGUGAUUCACAAAAGAGAAAUGCGAGAGACAAGGCAAAUCAUCUUGCACUUGUUAAGUUUCUUGAGAAAGAUAUAGCCGAAAUGUCUGGUCCAUCAAAACCUAAAGACGAGGUCGAUCACCUUGCAGACCAUGAUGGUGAUGAGAUGUUUGUAUGGCCAUGGAAGGGAAUCGUUGUUAACCUCCCAACCGAAUUGAAGGAUGGGCGCUAUGUUGGAAAAAGUGGCUCAAACAUGAGGGACUAUCUAACUACAAGAGGGUUCAACCCCACGAGGGUGCAUCCUUUAUGGAACUUCCGUGGUCAUUCUGGAUGUGCUGUAGUUGAAUUUAAUAAAGGUUGGGAUGGCUUUAAUAAUGCAAUGUCAUUUGAGAAGGCUUAUGAGGCUGAUCAUCAUGGUAAAAAGGACUGGAAGGUUAAUACUGAACCUAAGGAUGCUAUUUAUGGUUGGGUUGCUCGAGCUGAUGAUUACAGAGCUAAUAACAUCAUUGGAGAGCAUCUCCGCAAGAUUGGUGAUCUACGGACCGUUUCGGAUAUCAUGGCGGAAGAAGAUCGCAAGGCCAAUACACUUGUGUCGAAUUUGACAAAUGUAAUCGAGGUGAAGAAGAGACACUUGGAAGAGAUGGAGAACAAAUUUGUUGAGACUGAAAAUUCCCUCAGCAAGCUAAUUUCAGAAAAAGAUGUGCUUCAUCAGGCCUAUAAUGAAGAGAUAAAGAAGAUCCAGGUUAGUGCACGAGAGCAUUUCCAAAGGAUCUUCAAUGAUCAUGAAAAGAUUAAACUGCAGCUCGAAAACCAAAAGAGAGAACUUGAGCUUCGGGGCAAUGAACUAGAGAAACGUGAAGUGGUGAAUGAAAAUGAAAGGAAAAAACUAUCCGAAGAGAUUGAGGAGAAUACCGUGAAAAAUAGCCUGCUUCAGAUGGCGUCUGAUGAACAAAGGAAAGCUGAUGAAAGUGUGAUGAAACUUGCUGAAGAUCAGAAGAGGGAGAAGGAGGAACUCCACAAGAAAAUUAUUAUGCUUGAGAAACAACUGGAUGCAAAGCAAGCAGUGGAGCUUGAGAUAGAACGUUUGAGAGGGCAAUUAAAUGUUAUGAAGCACAUGGGAGAUGAUGAUUUGGAGGUCCUGAAGAAGGUGGAGGACAUACACAAGAACUUAAGGGAAAAGGAAGAAGAGCUUGAUGAUUUGGAAAGCUUGAAUCAAACUCUUGUUGUUCAGGAACGCAAAAGCAAUGAUGAGCUGCAGGAUGCUCGCAAAGAAUUAAUCGAGGGCUUGAAGGAACUACCAAAAACUUCACAUAUCGGUGUCAAGAGGAUGGGUGAGCUUGAGAAUAAACCCUUCCAUGAUGCCGUGAAGAGAAAGUAUGGAGACAUGGAUGCAGAAGAUAGGGCUUCAGAACUCUGCUCAUUGUGGGAAGAGUACCUCAGAGAUCCCAAUUGGCAUCCUUUCAGAAUCAUUACUGUCAACGGGAAAUCACAGGGAAUCAUUGAGGAAAAUGAUGAUAAACUGAAAGGUCUAAAGCGAGACCUGGGUGAAGACGUGUAUAAAGCUGUGACAACUGCGUUGACAGAGAUUAACGACUACAAUCCAAGUGGAAGAUACAUCACCACUGAGCUGUGGAACUUCACAGAAGGGAGGAAAGCUAGUUUGCAGGAGGGAGUUUCUUAUCUUCUAAACAUGUGGGAUGUUCAGAAACGCAGGCGUAACAUGUGACAAUUCGAAUGUUUAAUAGACUGCUUGUUUCAGGGUUUGGUGGUAGUGUUGUCUGCUUGGUACAAAGAUGAGCAUGGAUUCAGAUUGAAUUUAGGAAUUAUUUAUGAUAAGACUCUCCAACAAACUUUCCAUCAAGACUAUGAUGUGGUAAUACUAAUAAUUGUUGGUGGCAUUUGGUCA